GGGCGGGGGCCUCCGGAAAAACGCCCCGACUUCCUGCCCCGCCAGAGCCAGGAAGCGGGAGCCGGGACCCAGGGCCCGGGAUUGCCGAGCCCGACCUCGGGCGCCCCGCCGGUCACCUCCGCGCGGACACCAGCCCUGCAGAGCCCAGGGAGAUGGAAGACGUAGCCCGAGGGGCGGCCUCCCCAGGCCCCUCCCGGCCUGGCCUGGUUCCCGUCAGCAUCAUCGGGGCAGAGGAUGAGGAUUUUGAGAACGAGCUGGAGACGAACUCAGAAGAGCAAAACAGCCAGUUCCAGAGCCUGGAGCAGGUGAAGCGGCGCCCAGCCCACCUCAUGGCCCUCCUGCAGCACGUGGCCCUGCAGUUUGAGCCAGGACCCCUGCUUUGCUGUCUGCAUGCCGACAUGCUGGGCUCACUGGGCCCCAAGGAGGCCAAGAAGGCCUUCCUGGACUUCUAUCACAGCUUCCUGGAGAAGACAGCGGUUCUGCGGGUGCCGGUUCCUCCCAAUGUCGCCUUUGAACUUGACCGCACUCGGGCUGACCUGAUCUCCGAGGAUGUCCAGCGGCGGUUCGUGCAGGAGGUGGUGCAAAGCCAGCAGACAGCCGUGGGCCGGCAGCUGGAGGACUUCCGCUCCAAGCGGCUCAUGGGCAUGACGCCCUGGGAGCAGGAGCUGGCCCAGCUGGAGGCUUGGGUUGGGCGAGACCGAGCCAGCUACGAGGCCCGGGAGCGGCACGUGGCGGAGCGGCUGCUCAUGCACCUGGAGGAGAUGCAACAUACCAUCUCUACCGAUGAAGAAAAGAGUGCUGCCGUGGUCAACGCCAUUGGCGUGUACAUGCGCCACCUUGGGGUGCGGACCAAGAGUGGGGACAAGAAGUCAGGGAGGAACUUCUUCCGGAAAAAGGUGAUGGGGAACCGGCGGUCGGACGAGCCUGCUAAGACCAAGAAGGGGCUGAGCAGCAUCCUGGAUGCCGCCCGCUGGAACCGGGGAGAGCCCCAGGUUCCAGAUUUUCGACACCUCAAAGCAGAGGUUGAUGCUGAGAAGCCAGGUGCUACAGACCGGAAGGGAGGCCUGGGGAUUCCCUCUCGGGACCGGAAUGUUGGGGCUCCUGGGCAGGACACCCCUGGAGUCUCUCUGCACCCUCUGUCCCUGGACAGCCCAGACCGGGAACCAGGUGCUGACGCCCCCCUGGAGCUGGGGGACUUAUCCCCGCAGGGCCCAAUGAGCCUGGAGCCCCCGGCGCCCCCAGAGAGUACCGAUGAGGGGGCCGAAACCGAGAGAAGGUGGAAGAGGCUAUCAGGGCGUCUGGGGCGCUCAGAGAGCCUGCGGGUGAGUGACCGCCGCCGGCCUUCCCGGGGCAGCCUCGGGGCUAAGGGCCGGGGUGGGGGCCGCUCCAGGAGCGACGUGGACAUGGACCCCAGUUCCGCCACGGCAGUGCUUGGCCCUGCCCGACGAGCCACCCCUGAGCCUGGAGAUGAGGGGGAGCCGGGGCGGUCAGGACUGGAGCUUGAACCAGAAGAGCCUCCCGGCUGGCGGGAACUUGUCCCACCAGACACCCUGCAGAGCCUGCCCAAGAGCCAGGUGAAGCGGCAGGAGGUCAUCAGCGAGCUGCUGGUGACAGAAGCGGCCCACGUGCGCAUGCUGCGGGUGCUGCACGACCUCUUCUUCCAGCCCAUGGCGGACGGCCUCUUCUUCUCCCUGGAGGAGCUGCAGAACAUCUUCCCCAGCCUGGACGAGCUCAUCGAGGUGCAUUCCCUGUUCCUCGAUCGCCUGAUGAAGCGGAGGCAGGAGAGUGGCUACCUCAUCGAGGAGAUCGGAGACGUGCUGCUGGCCCGGUUUGAUGGUGCUGAGGGCUCCUGGUUCCAGAAAAUCUCCUCCCGCUUCUGCAGCCGCCAGUCGUUUGCCUUAGAGCAGCUCAAAGCCAAGCAACGCAAGGAGCCUCGGUUCUGUGCCUUCGUGCAGGAAGCUGAGAGCCGCCCACGGUGCCGCCGUCUGCAGCUGAAGGACAUGAUUCCCACGGAGAUGCAGCGGCUGACCAAGUACCCCCUGCUCCUGCAGAGCAUCGGGCAGAACACAGAAGAGCCCACGGAACGGGAGAAAGUAGAGCUGGCAGCCGAGUGCUGCCGGGAAAUUCUGCACCACGUCAACCAAGCCGUGCGUGACAUGGAGGACCUGCUGAGGCUCAAGGACUAUCAGCGGCGCCUGGACUUGUCCCACCUUCGGCAGAGCAGCGACCCCAUGCUAAGCGAGUUCAAGAACCUGGACAUCACCAAGAAGAAAUUAGUCCACGAGGGCCCACUGACGUGGCGGGUGACAAAGGACAAGGCUGUGGAGGUGCAUGUGCUGCUGCUGGAUGACCUGCUGCUGCUGCUCCAGCGCCAGGAUGAGCGGCUGCUGCUCAAGUCCCAUAGCCGGACGCUGACGCCCACGCCCGACGGCAAGACCAUGCUGCGGCCUGUGCUGCGGCUCACCUCUGCCAUGACCCGCGAGGUGGCCACCGAUCACAAAGCCUUCUACGUCCUUUUUACCUGGGACCAGGAGGCCCAGAUAUACGAGCUGGUGGCACAGACUGUGUCGGAGCGGAAGAACUGGUGUGCCCUCAUCACCGAGACUGCCGGAUCCCUGAAAGUCCCUGCCCCUGCCUCUCGCCCUAAGCCCCGGCCCAGCCCGAGCAGCUCUCUGUCUCCCUGCCCCUGUGGCCCCCCAGGGCCAGGAGUGUGGGGUCACCCAGCACUUCCUCCCCUCAGCACCCGAGAACCCCUCCUCAGCAGCUCUGAGAACGGCAAUGGUGGCCGAGAGACGUCUCCGGCUGAUGCCCGGACCGAGAGAAUCCUCAGUGACCUCCUGCCCUUCUGCAGACCAGGCCCCGAGGGCCAGCUCGCUGCCACGGCCCUUCGGAAAGUGCUGUCCCUGAAGCAGCUUCUGUUUCCUGCGGAGGAAGACAAUGGGGCGGGGCCUCCUCGAGAUGGGGAUGGGGUCCCAGGGGGCGGCCCCCUGAGCCCAGCACGGACCCAGGAAAUCCAGGAGAACCUGCUCAGCUUGGAGGAGACCAUGAAGCAGCUGGAGGAGUUGGAGGAGGAAUUUUGCCGCCUGCGACCCCUCCUGUCUCAGCUUGGGGGGAACUCUGUCCCCCAGCCUGGCUGCACUUGAGGUCCUUGCCCAGGAAGGCCUUUUGCAAGAAGGAGAGGAAUGGGGGAGAGGACAUGAGGGACCACCCCCACCCACACAGCUGCCGCAGCAUCUCACACCCUGAGGGCCUGAGGAGAGGGAGCUGUGGGCCACGCCUGGGAGGGGCCCAGCUGGGGUCACUGGCCCUGCAUGAGCCUCGGCCAUCUCUCCCUCCUGCCCUCUGCUUGGGGGACUCAGGGCUUCAUUCCGGAGGGCACCACGGUGACCCGGGCCAUCUCAGUAUUGCCUGUGGGGGCCACCCCUCCACUCCCCACCCCCAAGUGCCUUCGCUCUGUUUUUAUACCCUGAAUUGGAGGUUUAUUUUUUAAUAUAUAUUAUCUAAGAAGAGA